CCCUUUUUUUUUUUUCCUUCUCUCCUCCUCCUUCAACUCCGGACCUUUGUCGGAAGAUUCUCUCCGGUUUCAAUUUGUUUACUUCAUCCCAAAUCUCCAACUCCUCCGUUCGCUUCUUAGGGUUUGUUUAAUUCUUCGAUACUUCUCUCUUUCGCAGGCUUAUCCUCCAUUGUUGCAAUUAGGGCCACUGCAUUUGGACUCUACACAAAGCUGAAGGUCAGAAGGAGCAUUACUUGGGAGUUUGGGAUCUCAAGAACAUGAAUACUUAGUCUUUCUGAAAAUUGUUCAAGCAUGCAAAUAGAGUCACAAAUUCCAUUGAACUCUGACACACCUCUCCAUCAGGAGGUCCAUCAGGGGGAUGGUGGAGCUCUUGUAGCUUCAGCUGAUCCUAAUAAUGUUGCACCGCAGCCUCCUGUGAAAAAGCCAACACGACAAUGGGCUGCAUGGACACAUCAGGAGGAGGAAAGUUUCUUCACUGCAUUACGACAAGUUGGAAAGAAUUUUGAGAAGAUCACUUGCCGUGUCCAAAGUAAAAACAAGGAUCAGGUCAGACAUUAUUACUAUCGUCUUGUACGACGGAUGAACAAGCUGUUAGGUCCAGAAUUGAGUCUGGAUGCCAAAAACUCUAAAGACACAAAUGCUGCAAUGCUUCGCUGGUGGUCUUUAUUGGAAAAGUAUAGUUGCAAAGCCUCAAAACUUCACUUGAAGCCUCGAAGAUUCAAGAUAUUUACAGAAGCUUUGGAGCACCAACUCUUGAAGGACCGGAAGAAGAACGUAAGAAAACGGCCUUCGCAGGGGGAAAGUUGUGCCGCUGCAACUCCAAGCAAUGUCUUAAAUCAGAUUAGAGAGACAGGAAGUGAUAGCCGGCCAGUUAAACUGGUUCUUGUUGAUAGUCAAAACAUUCAAAAGUUAGGAGCUGGAAAAGGAUCUAUUAAACGUAAUAUCAAUAUAGGUGUGCGUACCAACAAUAAAGGGGAGUUAACAAAUGCAAAAAGUGCAAGACAACGGCGAAAACCAGCAGGUGUUCCUUCAUCAGCUGCUUAUAAAAAGUGGGAAAAGGCUGCAAUUGCUGGGGUUUCCUUGGUUGCUGAUGCUGCUGAACAUUUGGAGCGCACAGCAACUGAUAAAGAGACUAAUCAUGACCAAGGUAUACCAGGGCAAAAAGGUCUUGACCUAGUUGAGAAACCUCCUCUCUUAUCAGUGACCCCUCAUUCUUUUUUUGUUGAAAGCAAUAUGCAUAAUGUAAAACUGAAACUCCAGUUGUUUCCGAUUGAUGAUGCUACUCGAAGAGCCAUGGAAAUGGAUAAACAUAAUCCACAUCUGGAGCUCACGCUUAGUAGUAGGAAAAAGAUUUCGUCUGUAUGGGAGCAUCUCAACCGUAAGUGGGGGAAUUCAAGUGCAGCACUAGGUGAGCUAAUGCUUUUGCCUUACAGUGCUCGGAAGGAAAAUUUGAUGAGUUCUCCAAGAUGGACUCAGGACUCCACAGUCAGUGCAGCAGAUGUACAUGCAAUGGUUGGAAGUUCUUCAGUGUUUCGCUUGAGGUAUGGUUGGUUUUCCCGCUCAACAGCUGGGUCUCUAACGUCACAAGCUCCAGUAUUGUCAUUUAAUGUUCCUGUUGUAGAUAACAUGAAUGUGGAAAAUAGGAAGAGGCUGAUGGUGGAAUCAGGGAAGAUACCUGUACCCUCGACUGAUGACCAAUCUGAGAAACUUGGGACUCCCAGCAAGAACACACUAACUUCAGUUGACAAACAUUAUGUUCCUACACAAUCUUUGAUUAGUAUGCCUAUGAAUACAUGUCUUACCACAGGUCCUAAAGAUAACAGCAUAGUUUCUGCGACCAUUAUACCAUGGAACAGAAAGGAGACUGGCAAUUGUACUUCGACUAGACUGUUGGAAGAUGCUGAUGGUCUACAGUUAAGGAACGGAUCUGCUUUGUCAGCUGGAGACUGGGCUGAUAGUCUAACCAACAUAAGUAUUGGGGAUCUACUUUCAGAAGUGCCUCAUGGUAUAGAUGCUGACUGUGUUGGCCCAUCUGUCCCUGAAGCAUCUCAGUGUCUUCCACAGACUCCAUUCAGCUGUGAUUCAUUUGAUGCUGCUAUUGCUGCUCAUAUAUCCGGACAUCAAAGCAAGAUGGGAAUUGCAUCAAUGUUGGCUACCCAUUCAUCUUCCAUAUGGGAUGCUGAGGAAACAUGUGAUGCCUUCUCAUUUCAAAAGAAUCCUGUUCUCUGUCCUGAGGUUCCAAGUUCAUCUGGUAUUGCUUCUCCAGAGAUAUGCAAGCAGAUUGAGAAAGUGAACACAAGGGGCUUUGACACCGUUGAGAUGUUACCUGAUGAUGAUGAGUGUCCACCUGAUCAAAAUGUCAUGGACAAUUCACCAAAGAAUUUUAGUGCACUAACAGAGAUAUACUGGCCUGAGUCACUAGGACCACUGGAUCUGGAUAUUCCAUCUACUAGAUACCAUAGUGAGGAUAUUAUUUUAGGAGAUAGCCUUGGAGGCUUGAACCGUCUGAUAGCUAGCAGUCUGGAUGCAUUUCAAAAUUGCUCAUUUUUCGGUAUGGACAAAAAGGAGCAUACUUCAGCAGUUGAACCUCGAGAACCUACCUCUUUUGCAGAUUUCAAAAUUGGCAGUGAGGUUUGAAAUUAUCACCUGCAACCACAACAUCGUAAAAGGAUAUUCUUGGCAAGCUUAGAAAUUGGUUGUUUGGCAUAGAAAUUGUGACAGUAGGAUCUUUUUCCAGUUUACCUGACUUGACAAGAGAGCCAUAGGAGCUGGCGUUGCCAAGAGAAUCCUGGCCAUGUAUAGGAAUUCACUGAGGGAGGAGUGGCCUCCAUUUGUACAAAAGUGAACAUGAGGAGACUUGUCAAAGUUCUUAGCUCUCGGUUUGUAUCUUUUGCAUAGUGCUGUCCACACUGAUGAUGUGAUAAAGUAUGCUACUCAUUAGAUAAAAAUAUAUAUAUUUUUUUCAUUUUUAAUGUCUUUGAUGACAUAAUGGAACCUUUGUGAGAGUUCUUUCUUAA